GUCGGCGACGCCGCCAUGGUUGCGCUGUCCAAGACGAGCGAGGACCGCCUCAAGGUUGUCAACCUCAGCCUGUGCGCGGUCACGAUCAAGGGCCUCACGUCCGUCUUUGCGCGCUGCAAGAACCUCGAGGUCCUCAAACUCGCCAACGUCCAGUCCCUGACCGACAAGAACGUCGAUGCAGCACUUGGCUGGCGACACGUCCCGUUGAGCCGUCUGCGCACGCUCAAGGUCCGCUCCACCGACGUGUCCGACUCGUCGAUCGGCCGCCUCCUGUCCCUGUGCGCGCCGACCCUCGAGCGCCUCGACGUGUCGUACUCGAACCUCAAGACGCUCGACUUUGUCUCGUCGGCCCUGCACACGCUCCCCGAGUGGCGCCUCGAGAAGCUCGUCGCGUCGGGCCUGCCGCUCUCGCCGGUCACGCUCGAGGGCUUCCUCAAGCCGCUGUCCGAGCGACCAGACGACGAGCGGCGCCGGUUCCACGUCUUCAAGCUCGGCAGCAUCCCCAAGACGUCGUCAAAGGUGCCCGGCCUCAACGACGCCGUGCUGAGCCGGCUGCUGCCGCACCUCGAGGCGCUCGACGGGCUCGAGAGCGUCUCGUUCUUCCAGUGCUGGGACCUCGGCAAGGCGCUUCAGCCUUUGAGUCGCUUCAUCGAGGUCGUCGGGCGCAGGUGCUUGCACCUCGACCUCACGCUCCCCGUCCAGUCGCACCACCUCGAAGGGCUUCUUCCACCUCUUGACGGCGAGGACCCCGCCGACGGCGACGCCAAGCCGUACGAGGCGCCUCGCCUGCGCACCCUCGUCCUCGACUCGUCGCGCAUCACGGACGACGCCGCCGGGUCGAUCGCGGCGUGCCGCGAGCUGCGGGCGCUCCACGUCGCCGAGACGAGGAUAUCGACCAAGUUCCUCGCGACGGUCCUCAGCUCGUGCCCGCACCUCAACAACCUCAACCUGACGUCGUGCCGAGGCAUCCCGGUCACGCAGCGGCGUACCUUCUUUGACGCGUGGGAGCGGGGCGAGGUGGCGGUCACGCCGUGA